UCCUGUAAGUUGCAAUCAACUGUUUCUUGUCUUUAGGAGUCGCAUCAACAUUGUCAACUUUAUAAGCCGAGAGCAAUAUUCGGGAGUCGUUGUUGGAUGGCGCCUCAAUUGGCUUCUGAAGGAUCACGAAAAAUAAGGUUCAUCGAGCCACCGGAAAUGACCCCCAUCGACAGUGGUGGAGCCGGAGCAUCUGCAAGCCAAAAAGUUGGCGGCAGGGCUUGAGCACUGGGGGUAUUUGAAUUCCCCGCAAGCCUUUGAAACAAUCUUCGAGAUUCAAGGGAAUUUUCCCACGACAUCCCCUGAACCUGGGAUUCCGGGGUGUUUGCGAUUGGCCGAACAAUUCUUCAGAUAGCCGUCAGGUAAUCAACACAAAACCUUCAUCAGCCGCUGUCACCGGAAACCUUCUUUUCCGUCUCGCCAGAAGCUAAUUAUCCUGUCCACUUAACAUCUCAACGGCGGUUCUUUUAGCCUGCUACAAGAUGUUAUUUCUCUGGGCUGCUAUACUUUCGUGUGUGACGGUAACUGUCCUCGCGAAGGAUUGUACCGGUAUCAAUGCUAUCAAGCCAGAAUGCAACUCUAAAGAGUCUGCAUACCAGCGAGAUGUAUUCUGGGUUGGGGGCAAGUACGUCAAUGCAGCCGUCGGGCUCUUGACGUAUGAUCAGAUGUACGUCGAGAAACUCACGCCACAGAAGGGUGUCAGGCAGCCAUAUCCCUUGGUAUUUUUCCAUGGAGGCGGCGUCUCGGGAGGAACAUGGCUGAACACACCAGACAACCGAAAAGGCAUGGCCUCUAGGUUUCUCGACAAAGGAUAUCUCGUCUAUAUCGUUGAUCAGACAUCGGUUGGUCGCGGGACACAGAAUGACCUGACUGGAUAUCCUCUGCGCAUUGGUAGUACUGCCAAUAUCACGGAAGUUGGCUUCACAAACCCAGAAGCGAAGAAUGCAUACCCUCAGAGCCAAUUGCACACCGAAUGGCCUGGGACAGGAAUUCGUGGCGAUCCUGUCUUUGAUGCUUUCGAGUCGUCCUUUAUCCCCUUGACAUCAAACAACACCCGGCAAGAAUUGUCGAUGCGAGCAUCUGGAUGCGAACUCCUUUCUCUCAUCGGCCCCUCAUUUCUCGUCGCUCAUUCGAUCGGCUCUAUCCACCCGAUCCUCCUGGCUGAUGAGUGUCCAACUCUCGUUGCAGGAAGUGUGAACUUGGAGCCAGGAAACAUCCCAUUCCAGUCAUAUGUCGGCAAUGCCACCUCUUCGGUCGGUCGAACUGCUGCCCGUCCAUUCGGUCUGACGGUCACCAAUCUCAACUUCUCACCACCGAUCUCAAACUACACCGACCUGGUGACCGUGACCGUAGGUGAAGAUACACCUUCCAAGAGAUCUUGUAUCUUGCAAGCAACUGGCGGAAAUCACACCGUUCACACCCUUCCCAACGUCGCCAAGGUCCCAUACGUUGCCUUCACUGGAGAAGCCAGCCCACACGCAACUUAUGAUCACUGCGUGAUCGAUUUCCUCAACCAAGUUGGUGUGAAGACCGAUUGGAUCAAGAUGGCGGAUGAGGGUGUUCGUGGAAACGGACAUUUUGGAUACCUGGAAUCGAACAGCUAUGACUACUUCAAGGUGGUUGAGAGGUGGGUCGCGAAGCAGGCGAAGACCUUGGGACGAUAUGAUCGAAGAUGACGCAUGACUGUAAUGAGAUCUGUGGAGACCAAUGUAUAUAUGACCUUCAAUCAGUGUAUAUAAUUUAUAGGUUCAUAACGAAAUAAUGUCUCCAAACAAGUUC